AUGAGUGAACCCUACCACCAACAUCACCCUACCCUGCACACCCCAGACCCCUACACCCUACCUUGCACACCCCACCCCCUACCCCCUUCCUUGCACACCCCACCCCCUACCCCCUACCUUGCACACCCCACCCCCUACCCAGCACACCCUACCCCUUACCUCUCAAACCCCACCCCCUACCCCCUACCUUGCAUACCCAACCACCUAUCCCCAACCCCCUGCCUUGCAUACCCCAACCUCUACCCCCUACUUUGCAACACACCCCCUACCCCCUACACCUUACCCCUUACCUUGCACACCCCACCCCCUACCCCCUUCCUUGCAUACCCAACCCCUACCCCCUGCCUUGCACACCCCACCCCCUACCUUGCAUACCACCACCCCCGCCUUGCACACCCCACCCCCUAUCCCCUACCUUGCACACCCCACCCCCUACCUUGCACACCCCACCCCCUACCCAGCACACCCUAUGCCCCUACCUUUCAUACCCCACCCCCUACCUUGCAUACCCCCACCCCCUGCCUUGCACACCCAACCCCCUACCUUGCAUACCCCCACCCCCUGCCUUGCACACCCAACCCCCUACCUUGCAUUCCCCCACCCCCUGACUUGCACCUCCCCACCCCCUACACCCUACCCUCACACCCCACCCCCUACCUUGCACACCCCACCCCCUAUCUUGCACACCCCUACCCCUACCCGGCACACCCUAUCCCCCUACCUUCCAUACCCCACCCCCUACCUUGCAUACCCCCGGCCCCUGCCUUGCACACCCCACCCCCUACCUUGCAUACCCCCAUCCCCUGCCUUGCACCCCCCACCCCCUACACGCUACCCUGCACACCCCAACCCCUACCCCCUACCUUGCACACCCCACCCCCUACCCAGCACACCCUAUCCCCCCUACCUUUCAUACCCCACCCCCUACCUUGCAUACCCCCACCCUCUGCCUUGCACACCCCAACCCUCUGCCUUGCACACCCCACCCCUACCUUGCACACCCCAUCCCCUAUCCAGAACACCCUACCCCCUACCUCUCAUACCCCACCCCCUACCCCCUACCCCCUACCCCCUACCUUGCAUACCCAACCCCCUAUCCGCCAGCCCCUGCUUUGCACACCCCCUACCCCCUACCUUGCAUACCCCAUCCCCUACCCCCUACUUUGCACUUUGGCAGCCUAG